AAACGUUACGUCGAACGCGUUGGUUGUGUGUGCGUCCCCUAUUGCGGAUAGAAUAGUUGGACGUGAGAAGGAAACGUGUGUGUGAGUGUCUGUCGUUGUUGUCCGUGUCGGCGGCGCUUUCUUGUUUAGUGUACGUUUGAUUUUCGAUACGAUUUGGUUCGUUUAUUUCAUUGCUGCGCGAAGAUAGAUAGAAAUAAAGAAUAGUUUCUGUUGUGAGUGGCAGAGUUGGGAAAAAGAAAAUUUUUGGAUUUAAUUUUAAAAAAUAAACAGUGAAAAUAGUUUGAAGAAUAAAAAAAUAUUGAAAAAAAAAAAAAAAAAACAAAUCAAAACGACGCUCCAAUAGUCAUCGAGAAGAAAUCACAACAGACCCUUAACGCCCAGCUAAGGGUUUUGUCUACAGACAAUUGAGAAAGGAGUACGGGGCCUUUAUUUCGAGGCAACGUCGUUCCCUUCCCAAUUCAAAACGAAUCCAUCCAAUUUUCAAAUCAUCGAUAGACUUCAGAGCAGCAACCAGCGACCAAUUCACAAACAAAAAUGAGACGGCAGUCGUCUAGUACGCUGGCCGUCGUUUUGAUGGUAGCCGUUUUAGGUUUUACCACAGCAUCGGUCAAUUCACCUCCCCGCAUCAUAAAACAGCCACCCACAGAUGAGCUGCUCUUCAAAGUGGCCCAGGCGACAAAGGAAAGUGACAAACCGUUUAUCAUCGAAUGUGAGGCUGAAGGAACACCAGAUCCAACUUACCGCUGGAUUAAGAAUGGCAAAAAAUUCGAUUGGCAAGCCUACGACAAUCGUAUGCUGCAACAACCGGGUCGCGGCACAUUGGUCAUCACCUCACCCAAGGACGAAGAUCUCGGACAAUAUCAAUGUUUUGCCGAGAACGAAUUUGGCAUUGCCACCUCAAAUUCUGUAUUCGUACGUAAGGCCGAAUUGAAUGCAUUCAAGGAAGAUGAAAAGAAAAUUGUCGAGGCAAAUGAGGGUGAACCCUUCUCGUUGCAAUGCCAGGCGCCCGAUGGCUGGCCCAAGCCCACGGUCAAUUGGCUAAUUCAGAAUACCUUUGAUGCUGGCAUUAAGACGAUUAACAGUUCACGCAUGACCCUGGAUCCCGAGGGUACUUUGUGGUUUUCGAAUGUUACCCGUGAGGAUGCCUCCACCGACACAUUUUAUACUUGUUCAGCUACCUCAGUGUUCCGCAACGAAUACAAGAUCGGCAAUCGUGUAUUGUUGGAUGUCAAGCAGACGGGUAUAAGUCCAUCGCAGAAUAAGUUCGCACCCACCCAACAAUAUGUGACCAGAAAGAAUGAGGUGGCAUUGCGCGGAAAAUAUGUUGAGCUGUUUUGUAUUUAUGGCGGUACACCGUUGCCGGAGACAGUGUGGCGCAAAAACGGCGAACCCAUUGCCUGGGGCGAUCGUAUUUCGCAAGGCAACUAUGGCAAAUCAUUGAUAAUACGCUAUGCCACCUUUGAGGAUGCCGGCACCUACACCUGUGACGUGUUCAACGGUGUGGGCAAGGGCCAAUCGUACUCCAUCAAACUGGAAAUUCAAGCCGUCCCCUAUUUCACCGUUGAACCCGAAAUUCAAAAUGCUGCCGAAGACGAGACAGUGGAAUUCCGUUGUGAAGCCUCUGGCGUGCCCGAGCCCACCAUACAAUGGAUCCACAAUGGCAAGCCCAUUGGCCAGGCACCACCCAACCCCCGACGCACCGUUGAAACCAAUCGCAUUGUUAUCCACGAUUUGGUGAAGAGUGACACGGGUAAUUAUGGUUGUAACGCCACCAAUUCGUUGGGUUACGUUUACAAGGAUGUUUACCUGAACGUGUUGGCUUUGCCGCCAGAGAUUGAGGAGCCACCACGCAAGGAGGCCACAGUGACGGGAAAGAAUGUAACAAUGCGUUGUCGUGUCUUUGGUGCCCCCAAGCCGCAGGUUAAGUGGCUGCACAAUGGCCGUGAAUUGACGGGUGGACGUUUCACUGUCUUGCCCUCGGGAGAUUUACACAUCCAGCAAGUGAUCCAUGACGACUUUGGCCAAUACACCUGCCAUGCCAAGAAUAAGUUUGGCGAAAAGUCAGCCAACGGAAGUUUGGCCGUCAAGGAAGCGACACGCAUAACCCAGGCUCCACAAAACUAUGAAGUUGCAGCUGGCCAAUCGGCCACUUUCCGUUGUAAUGAGGCCCAUGACGAUACCCUGAACCUGACCAUUGAAUGGUGGAAGGAUUCCCAACAAAUCGACUUUGAGGCCGAAGCCCGCUUUGUCAAGACCAAUGACAACUCUCUGACCAUUGCCAAAACCAUUGAAUUGGAUUCCGGAGAAUAUACCUGUGUGGCCCGUACCGAAUUGGAUGAGGCUACCGGUAGUGCCAAUCUCAUUGUACAAGAUGUCCCUAAUGCCCCUGCCCUAAAGAAUGUCAAAUGUAAACCACGUUUGGCUGAAAUCACCUGGGAGCCACGUGGUGAUAAUCGUUCUCCCAUUCUCCACUACACCAUACAAUUCAAUACCUCAUUCACGCCGGACACCUGGGAUGUGGCCUAUGAAAAGGUGCCUUCUACCGACACAUCCUUUGUUGUUGAUAUGUCUCCGUGGGCCAACUACACAUUCCGGGUAAUUGCAUUUAACAAAAUUGGACCCUCACCACCCUCGGAUCACAGCGAGGUGUGUACCACACAACCCGAUGUGCCCUACAAGAAUCCCGAUAAUGUUCAAGGCCAAGGUAAACAACCCACAAAUUUGAUAAUCACCUGGACUGCCAUGCCCGAAAUUGAUCACAAUGGACCAAACUUCCAAUAUCGUGUAUCCUGGAAGCGUGACAUACCGGCUGCCAACUGGGAAAACAAGGAUAUCUACAAUUGGGAACAGGACAGUUUGGUGAUUGAAGAUCAGCCCACGUUUGUGCGUUAUCUCAUCAAGGUGGUGGCCAUUAAUCAAAUGGGUCAGGCCAAUGUGGCAGCUGAGGAAGUUGUGGGUUGGUCUGGAGAGGAUCGUCCCUUGGAAGCCCCCACGAAUUUCAGCAUGACCCAGGUGGUGGGUGCCACCUCUGCCAUAUUGAACUGGAAUCCCGUUAGCCCCGAAUCCAUACGCGGCCAUUUCAAGGGUUACAAGAUUCAAACCUGGACCGAAAAGGAGGGUGAAGAAGGUCUGCGUGAAAUCCAUGUCAAGGGAGAUUCCAAUCAAGCCUUGGUCACACAAUUCAAACCUGAUUCGAAGAAUUUCGCCCGUGUCCUGGCCUAUAAUGGUGGUUUCAAUGGCCCACCCAGUGCUGUUAUUGAUUUCGAUACACCCGAAGGUGUACCAUCUCCCGUUGAAUCGUUGUCGGCCUAUCCCAUGGGUUCUUCGGCCUUCUGGUUGGUCUGGAAGAAACCCCUAAAUCCCAAUGGCAAAUUGACCGGCUACAAGAUCUACUAUGAAGAGGUCAAGGGCAGCUAUGUUGGCGAAAGACGUGAAUAUGAUCCACAUAUUACCGACCCACGGGUGACCAGCAUGAAAAUGGCCGGUUUGAAACCCAAUACCAAAUACAGGAUUUCCAUUGCGGCCACAACCAAGGCGGGUGAAGGAACAGAACAUUUCAUUGAGAAACGCACCUUGACCGAAGAAUCCAAGGAACCUGCCGUACCCUAUUUCGAAUAUCAUCAAGAACCCUCCGAUAAUGGUUUGGCCAAAUUCCGUAUUAACUGGAAACCCAACAGUGAGGGACAUGCUGGUACCCACUUCUUCACCCAAUACAGAAUCAAGGGAGAAACCCAAUGGAACCAAGCACCCGAAGAAAAGAAUCGCGAUUAUCAAGAAGUUGCCGGCCUCGAUCCCGAAUCUGUCUACGAAUUCCGUGUGGUGGCCGUUGAUGGUCAUUUCAUGACUGAAAGUGAUAUCCAAGAAAUCGAUAUUGGUGCUGUUGAGGGACCCAUUAAGGUGCCCAACGAGAAUUUAGCUAAUGCCGGCUGGUUUAUCGGCAUGAUGUUGGCCCUGGCCAUUAUCAUAAUACUAUUCAUUAUUAUUUGUAUUAUACGCCGCAAUCGUGGUGGCAAAUAUGAUGUACACGAUCGGGAAUUGGCAAAUGGCAGACGCGACUAUCCAGAUGAAGGUGGUUUCCAUGAAUACUCACAACCUUUGGACAACAAGAGCGCUGGUCGCCAGUCUGUUAGUUCAGCAAAACCAGGCCUGGAAAGUGAUACCGAUUCAAUGGCCGAAUAUGGAGAUGGUGAUACAGGUUUGAAUGAAGAUGGUUCUUUUAUAGGUCAAUAUGGACGUAAAAUUUAAUUUAGUUUAAUAAAAAAAAAUAAAAUAAAAAAGUUUUAUAUAUAAAUUAAAAUAAGAACAAAGUAAAAAAACCACCAAUUUUCAAUAUUUCCAUCCCAAUAUUUGGCAUAAAUCGAAUGAAUAUUUCAAAUUUGUUAAAGCCACACAGCAAUAUGAACAUCACUUAGCAAUUCUCCCUUAAAAAAGUUAUCUAUUUUUUAUAUUUUUGUAUGUAAAAAUAAAAACUUCAAGAAAUUAUAAAAAAAGGAAACCCCAACUACUGCCAGCAGCUAAAUUUUAUUAUUUUUAUUUCAUUAAUUUUUUAAAAAAAUAUUUAAGGCAAUUUCGAAUAUUUUGUGAAACGACGAAUCAUCAUUGGUAAUCUCUAAAAAAUAUAUAUAUUUUGUGUAGUAAUAAAAAAAAGUAAAUUGUGUAAUUUUUAUUUUUUCUUUCCCUUGAAAUGUUCAAGAAAAUCGUGUAUUUUUUAAUUUUUCUCUCCCUCCUGUUUUGUUUAUUUUUUUUUUAUUUUAUCAUAAUAAAAAAAUAGUUAUUAUUGCUUAAAGUAAAAAA